AAGGUGCUGCUGAGGCGGGCGAACACCAGCGGAGCUUUCAGUGACUCCACACAGGCGUGAGACCCGGGGGAGAGCGUGGCUGGCCGGGGGAGCGCUAACCUGCUGCCCUUCUGAACCCGGCGGUGUCACUGCGGGGACAGGAUAAGCUUAGCCUGCGCUGACUUUGAGCUACUACUACUACUAGCUAUUACUGCUGCUGUUUUUUUUUUCGUUUAUAUCCAGCUAGUUUCGCGUCCCGUCGCUCGACCGACCUCCACCUCAUAACUCCGCGGUAUGGAUUAGUGAGGGGGGCGGCCGAGGAGCGUCUAAAUCCCCCGUGAUCUGGAUUUAAGCCCAGGACACAGAGACUCACUGCCUUCAGGUAUGGACACAAACAUGAGGAAAUUCACAGUGCGGCGGUGGUUCUCCGUCUACCUGCGCAAGAAGUCUCGCUCCAAGAGCUCCAGCCUGUGUAAACUAGAGGACGACAGCAUCCUGAAAGAGAUUGAUAUCAGCAACCAUGUAAAAGAGGGCUUCGAGAAGGCCGACCCCUCCCAGUUUGAGCUUCUCAAAGUGUUGGGACAGGGCUCUUAUGGAAAGGUAUUUUUAGUGAGGAAAAUCAAAGGCUCUGACACCGGGCAACUCUACGCCAUGAAGGUGUUAAAAAAGGCAACUCUGAAAGUGCGGGACAGAGUGAGGUCCAAAAUGGAGAGGGACAUUCUCGCUGAAGUGAAUCAUCCUUUUAUAGUUAAACUUCAUUAUGCUUUUCAGACGGAGGGAAAACUCUAUCUGAUCCUGGACUUCCUCCGAGGAGGUGAUCUCUUCACCCGCCUCUCUAAAGAGGUGAUGUUCACUGAAGAGGAUGUAAAGUUCUACCUGGCUGAGCUGGCUUUAGCUCUGGAUCAUCUUCACAGCUUGGGCAUCAUCUACCGUGACCUCAAACCUGAAAACAUUCUUCUUGAUGAAGAUGGUCAUAUAAAGAUCACUGAUUUUGGCCUGAGUAAAGAAGCGAUAGACCACGACAAGCGUGCAUACUCUUUCUGCGGGACCAUCGAGUACAUGGCCCCUGAGGUGGUGAACAGGAGAGGGCACACACAGAGCGCUGACUGGUGGUCGUUUGGAGUCUUAAUGUUCGAAAUGCUGACUGGAUCUCUGCCAUUUCAAGGCAAAGACCGCAAAGAGACUAUGGCGCUUAUUCUCAAAGCGAAGCUUGGCAUGCCACAGUUCCUAAGUUCGGAGGUGCAGAGCUUAUUGCGGGCGCUCUUCAAAAGGAACCCAUCCAACAGAUUAGGAGCCGGUCCUGAUGGCGUGGAGGAAAUCAAAAGGCAUCAUUUUUUCGCAACUAUAGACUGGAAUAAAUUGUACCGAAAAGAGAUCAAACCUCCGUUUAAGCCGGCAGUGGGCAGACCAGAGGACACCUUCCAUUUUGACCCUGAAUUCACCUCCCGCACACCGACAGACUCACCCGGCGUUCCUCCCAGUGCUAAUGCCCAUCAGCUUUUCAGAGGCUUCAGCUUUGUGGCCACUAACCUGAGGCCAGAGCAGUCGAUAACGGAUACCAGGCAGAACUCAGUCAACCCCAUAGUGCAGCAACUUCACGGCAACAACAUCCAUUUCACCGAUGGUUAUGAAAUAAAGGAGGACAUUGGUGUUGGCUCAUAUUCAGUCUGCAAGCGCUGCAUUCAUCGAAUCACCAGCGUGGAAUAUGCUGUUAAAAUCAUUGAAAAAUCUAAGAGGGACCCGUCUGAAGAGAUUGAGAUCCUUCUGCGAUACGGACAGCACCCGAACAUCAUCACUCUGAAGGAUGUCUAUGAUGACGGGAAAUUUGUGUACCUGGUGAUGGAGCUGAUGCGAGGAGGGGAGCUGCUGGACCGAAUCCUGCGUCAGAAAGGCUUCUCAGAGCGAGAGGCUUCAGCCGUACUGUGCACCAUCACCAAGACCGUGGAGUACCUGCACUCACAGGGGGUCGUACAUCGAGACCUAAAGCCUAGCAAUAUCCUGUAUGUGGAUGAGACGGGAGACCCGGAGUCCAUCAGGAUCUGCGACUUCGGCUUCGCCAAACAACUGCGAGCUGAAAACGGCCUCCUCAUGACCCCCUGCUACACUGCCAACUUUGUGGCACCGGAGGUUCUGAAGAAGCAGGGAUACGAUGCUGCCUGUGACAUCUGGAGUCUGGGAAUCUUGCUGUAUACUAUGCUCGCAGGGUUCACACCCUUUGCCAACGGGCCUGACGACACCCCGGAGGAGAUCUUGGCUCGAAUCGGUAGCGGCAAAUAUAUCCUGUCUGGAGGUAACUGGGAUACGGUGUCUGACGCUGCUAAGGACAUCGUGACUAAAAUGCUUCACGUUGACCCUCAUCAGCGACUGACCGCUCCUCUUGUGCUCCGACACCCGUGGAUCGUAAAUCGAGACGAGUUAUCCCAGAGUCACCUGGUUCGGCAGGACGUGCAGUUGGUCAAGGGGGCGAUGGCUGCCACAUACUCGGCCCUCAACCGAACACCCCAGGCUCCAAAGCUGGAGCCGGUCCUCGCCUCCGGUCUGGCUCAGAGGAGAGGCAUGAAGAGACUGACGUCCACCUGCCUGUAGCUCAUCGUCACAACCGGCGUCCCCUAUGAGCUGUGAGGACAUCGGCCCAGUCAUGAAGGAGGAAGAUCACCUGAGCAGAAAGCAGCGCAACAAAAACACGACCACUGACACUGAGCAACGGCAGAACCACACACUGGAUAAACACCACACCGCCAGCUUCUGGACGCUCGGAGGCGGCAGGCAGCUGCUGACGUUCAUGCAGGGGCCUUUAACGCUGGCUCUGGAUCUCCUGCUGGCUUUCCUUAGGUCACUGCUGUCAGGUGUAGCUGAAGGAAUGUUGCUUGUGCACGAUAGAGCAAGAAGUUUAGAGUAUGUCGCUGUCCAAGAGUACGGCCCCACGUCUCGUCUCGUCUCGUCUGUGAAGGCCAACACUGUUCGCUACACGUUAUGCCAGGUUCACACUUCACGACUGAUUGGCGACAAAAAUUUUCAUAGUGGUAACAAAACGUUUAUCACAAGAACAAAACACACAUGAGAGCUAGUGAUGCCAAACCAAAGAAUCUAUAAAGAGGAGAGGAGAAUACCCACUUAAAGUGAGUUCAAAAUGUAUGAGUUUAUAUGAAGUUUAUACAUAUAUGAUCAAAUUUAUACUAAAAUAUGUACUUAUAUCUUCAACACAGAUCUAUAUCUGUAAAUAAAAUGUUUUAGUACCACAGACAUCAUGUUUUAAGGUUUUAAACUCAAUCAGCUCACAGUAUCAGUAAUGCAGCAUCUUUACAGUGUAAAACUUGUUUACUGUAGAAUAAUGCAUAUAUAAACAUUAUUCUUAUUAUUAUACUUUCUAAAAUUAAACAAAUACUACUAAAGAACAAGUAGAUAGUUGCUAUUUUUUAUUUAAAGUUUUUAGCUUUUAGCUCCAUUCACCCCCAUUCAUAGAGGACUCACACUUUUUAGCGCCCUCUAGUGUUUAACAGUGAUUUACUGAUAUAACUAGAAAACAUAAAGUAAUCAGAUUUACUAUAAAAGUUUUUUUAUGGUCAUGCAGAAGAUGCGUUUUGGACCUGUGGUUUUAAAAACGCUGCUUCUACGUGAUCCCAUCGGCUCGGUAGGUAUCACGACUCCCAGUCGCAGACUGGAUCAGAUAUUAAACAUGCUAAAUAUUUGCUGGAAAACUGUCAGCGAUUUAAAAACUAGGCUAAAAUCGUGUAGUGUGAAUCUGGCACACGAGCCACAGAGAACUGCUUGGUGAAAAUGCUGUUGUUAAGGGGUGUAUUUGUGUACACCUGUAUGAUCUGAAGUACAGAAAGGGAAAUAGACGUGGGGCAGCUUAACUACAGCACCAAAACUGACUCUAAUACUAACUCUGGAUACAAAAAGCAGCUAUACCAGCAUUACUGACUUUUUUGGAAUUAAAUUGAUGCAUGCGAUGAAGGAGAUUUUAUGAAUAGAAAGAAAAAGUUGUACAUAUUUCUGACCUGCUGCAGGAAGCACAAUGAACUUUUUUUUGGAAUGAACGCUUUUAAAGGUUUUAAAACACGGUGUACUCUGUAAUUUUGUACUGGCUGUAACAAGACUUCUUCAUUAUUUAUGUUCCUUUUCUUGUUUUCUGUUGUCUUUUCAAAGGAUAGUUUGGUGAAAAAUCAACUGAUCUGAUUUAUUACUUGCGUUAGAUUACAGUCAGUCAGCCAAAACAUGUUUAAUAUCUUGGAUAUUUGAUUCUUUAGAUUAGAAUUGGAGAUGAUAGGCUAAUCAUUUCUAACUUUCAAAACUUUUUUGAUAUGCUAACUUAAAAAACCUAAGCCAAUCAAAUCUAAGUAUCUAUGACAUAUUUCCUUAGAAGAUAUGUAAAAUAUAUUUUUAUGUAUGAUUAUAUGAUUCCAUUCUUUGGUUAUUUUCAUACAUUUUUAAUGUAUACAUUUUGAUUUGUAUUUAUUUUGUGCAUGGGAAUGGGAAAGUACCACAUACUGUGCUGAGGUUAAAUAUUAUUUAUGUACUAAUAAUAAUUAAGAGUGUGCAUUCAGCAUCAAUAUUAUUGUAUGUUGUUAAAUAUUCCAUUUAUUUAUUUUACAUUUAUUCAAACAAAGCUAAAUUAAAGCAGAAGGCCUUAAUGACACAACACAGUGUAAACAGCAUAGAUGGUACUUAAAUAAAACAGAUUUAUUACCAGUGUUUGUUAGCAGUGUUAGCCCAGCCUAGCCUAGUUUCUGCUGUAAACUAAAGAAGCAAAAAUUAGAUAAGAGAUUUGUCUUGGCUGAUUGGGUGUAUCUAGGGUAAGUCUGUAUGUAUGUAAUUCUGAUUUGUGAUUUUUCACCACAUCAGUCAUUCAAGCCAUUUAAGCCAUAGAGAUUUUUAGAAACCAUUUAAGGUUGUUGCUUUAUGUGUAAAAAAAGAUAUUUAAUUUGUGUUAAUAUAUAUAUAUUUAUUUAUUUUGCUUAUAGUAUUUAAGUCUACCUGCGAAAGCGAUGUUUUGCUUUAUGUCACUGUUGUAUGUAUUUAUUUAUUUAUUCUUAUUUAUUAACAGUUGUUUUGUAUGAAGGGUCAUUAAAUAAUGUUUUCUUUU